CGUCAGUCGCAACGUUUUCUUUGGCGUGAAAACUCUUCUCUGCAUCCUACGCCCUUCGUUAUGGACGUGGCCACCUUUGGGUCAACCUGCUCACCUACAUCGGCCCAAUACGUAAAAAAUUUGAACGCGCAAGAGUUCGCAGGCAAAUAUCCUCGGGCAGCUGAAGUUAUUGUGAAGAGCCAUUACGUUGAUGACCUGCUAGAUAGCUUUUGGACGACUCAAGAGGCGGUAGACGUGAUCAACGAAGUGAAACUCGUGCAUUCUUUCGGCGGGUUCGAAAUCAGGAACUUUCUGUCCAACAGAAUGGAGGUUCUGCAGGGAAUCGGUGAAUGUUCUCAUGAAGCGAUUAAAGAUCUUGCACUAGAACGCGAAGGAAUCACGGAAUCUGUUCUGGGAAUGAGAUGGAUACCAUCUGAGGACAUGUUCACGUAUACUUUCACUCUCCGGAACGAUUUGCAGCUGAUACUCAAAAAUGGCCAUGUACCAACGAAACGUGAAGUACUGAAGGUGGUUAUGAGCCUUUUUGAUCCCCUUGGACUCCUUUCGUUCUUUCUAGUUCACGGUAAAAUUCUCAUCCAAGACUGUUGGACAUCCGGGCUAUUUUGGGACGACCCCAUAGGAGACGAACUCUGCGAACGCUGGAUACGGUGGACAAAAUUCUUUCCACAACUGGAUACCCUCCAUAUUCCCCGAUGUUAUUUUCAAGAUCCAUAUCCAAAGGACCUCAAAGGACUUCAAGUCCAUAUAUUUGUGGACGCAAGUGAAGCUGCAUACUCCUGUGUGGCAUACUUUCGCUUGCCGGUAGGACAGGGAUUCCAGGUUUCUUUGAUAUCCGCCAAAACGAAGGUUGCCCCGCUCAAAGCUCUGUCCAUUCCGAAACUGGAGCUGAAGGCCGCUGUCUUGGGGGUCCGGCUACUGGACUCAAUACUCAAAUCUCACACUCUUCCAAUAUCAAAACGUUUCUUCUGGACAGACUCGACUACGGUAUUGGCAUGGAUCCAAUCAGAUCAUCGCAAAUACCUAAAGUUUGUGGCCGUCCGUGUUGGCGAGAUCCUUAUGAUGAGCGAUCAGACAGAGUGGAGAUGGGUCCCCACUAAACUAAAUAUCGCGGACGACGCUAUAAAGUGGAAAUCCGAGCCGAAUCUCAAUUCCAACAGUCCGUGGUUCUGCGGACAAAGCUUUCUUCAGGAUGCCGAAGAACAUUGGCCUGCUGCACGACGAUUUGCGACUGUCUCGGAGGAAAACCAUCCGGUACAGGUGCAUACUACCCCCACAUAAUUGGUCGACGUGGCACGUUUUGGUAGUUGGGGGAAACUACAUCGUACGAUGGCUUACGUCAUUCGAUUCAUUCAAAAUAUUCGUCGAAUUCAGGCUGGCGUAGUACUAGAGCGGAAUGUUCUCACGCAGGACGAGCUCAAGGGUGCCGAGGAAGUGCUAUAGAAGAUGGCGCAGUCGGAAGCUUUCUCGGCGGAAAUUUCUGUCUUGCAUUUAACACAAGGUCCCCCAGAAUUACGUCACGCGAUCGUCGAUAAAUCGAGCCCAAUCUACGGCUUAUGGCCAUUCAUCGAUGAACAAGGGAUUCUACGAAAGCGCGGCCGUAUCGAUGCCGCACCGUAUGCAUCACUGGUAUCAUCGCCGUUUCCGCCACGCCAACCGAGAAACCAUCGUAAACGAAAUGCGCCAGCGAUUCGAGAUCUCCAAACUCCGAGAGCUAAUCAAAACGGUAAUGAGCCGUUGUAUUUGGUGCCGGGUUGCAAAAGCAGCUCCAAAGCCUCCUCCAAUGGCCCCGCUUCCAGCCAUCAGGCU